GUAUGGGGAUGCCGAUCGGGCGGCGAGAGAAGAGAAGGGGGAAGAGGAAAAGGACAAGACCUUGUGGAGGAGAGAGACCGUGGGCAAGAUGAAAGAGCGGGGCGUCGCGCUUGUGGUCGGCAGCGAGUCGCCCGUCCUCUCACGCCAUUAAAUGCUGGGGUGUGCAGCCAACCGAUCUCCAUCGAGGAGGAGUGUUGCCACUACGCCUAUGGCAGCAGCGGCGGUGCCAUAAAGAUCACGCGGAAGGGAACAAGAAAAAAAGCCGGAGCUUUAGUUGUUUUUUGUUGUUGCCGUGACUUCGUGCUUUCUUGAGAUAUAUUCUGGUCUCUUUUUUCACACAUUUCAUCGAACUUUUGGUUGGCGACGGUGGGAGAGAAGGGGAUGGAAGGCAGCGCGAUGUCGAUGGAAGAGGAAGGGAGCGGGGGAGAGGUCGCCGCGCCAGCUCGCGAGGUCCUCCUCAUCUCCGCCGGCGCCAGCCAUUCCGUCGCUCUUCUCUCUGGCAAUGCUAUGUGCUCCUGGGGAAGGGGUGAAGAUGGACAGCUGGGCCAUGGAGAUGCUGAAGACCGGCUUUUUCCAACGAUACUGAGUGCGCUGGACAGCCAAGGCAUAGUGUCUGUCACUUGUGGAGCUGAUCAUACGACAGCAUAUUCUCAAUCAGAUGAUCAAGUUUAUAGUUGGGGAUGGGGUGACUUUGGAAGGUUGGGCCAUGGAAACUCUAGUGAUGUAUUCAGUCCGCAGUCAAUUAAGGCACUGCAAGGCUUGAAGAUUAAACAAAUUGCUUGUGGGGAUAGCCACUGUUUGGCUGUGACUAUGGACGGAGAAGUACAAAGUUGGGGUCGGAACCAAAACGGACAACUUGGUCUUGGCACAACAGAGGACUCUCUUAUACCACAAAAGAUUCAAGCAUUUCUGGGUAUAUGUGUCAAAAUGAUUGCUGCGGGUGCUGAACAUACCGCUGCAGUUACAGAAGAUGGUGAUCUCUAUGGUUGGGGUUGGGGUCGUUAUGGAAAUUUGGGUUUGGGUGACCGUAAUGAUCGCUUGAUUCCAGAAAAGGUUGCUUCUAUCAAGGGAGAAAAGAUGGUCCUCGUUGCAUGUGGAUGGCGUCAUACUAUUACUGUCUCAUCCUCUGGGAAUUUGUACACAUAUGGUUGGAGCAAAUAUGGUCAAUUAGGACAUGGAGACUUUGAGGAUCACCUCAGUCCGCAUUGGUUGGAAGCCCUAAAAGAUAGUUGCAUAUCUCAGAUUUCAGGUGGCUGGAGACAUACUAUGGCACUCACAUCUGAUGGGAGACUAUAUGGUUGGGGGUGGAACAAGUUUGGUCAAGUUGGUAUUGGCGAUAAUGAUGAUCACUGUUCUCCAGUACAAGUUAAUUUUCCGGAGGAACAGAAGGUGAAGCAAAUUUCCUGUGGAUGGAGACACACCCUUGCUCUUACAGAAAGAGGAAAUGUUUUCUCUUGGGGCAGGGGCACAAGCGGACAGCUUGGCCAUGGUGAUAUUGUUGACCGGAAUGGCAAGUAUUAUCAUCUGACAUGGUUUGGCCAAGGCUUUAAAUUUCGAAACGCAGUAGGGGGCGGAGGGAUCGUGGCCACUGUGGUCAAGGAAGUCGCGGUCGACAAAGAAGGAAGGGAUCUUGGCCUAAGUAGGACUGUUGCUUUCUCUUCUCGUUCUCACCGUCAUCUUGGUCUUCUUCCUCACAGUCGCUGAGGGCGGCAGUAGUGGGGGAGCGGGAGAUGAGCUCUCCUUGGGCCAGAUCCUCACCGGAUCUGGCUAUCGCGAGAGCAUUGCGGAGUGCCUCACGGGGGAUGAGUUCAAGCUGGGGAUAAAAGUGACGAGUUGCAUCCUCGCUCGCUCCGCCAUCACCCCCUUUCCGUCUCUCGAGAUGGAAAGGGGAUAUUUUUGUAAAUAAUUUUUAUAGUAAUUAUUACUCAAUAUAUGUAUAUAAAAAUACAUAUGUUUAUGAGUAAACACACGUAUAUAAACAUAUUUUUAUGUACAUAUGUAUUUAAAAAUAUUUAUAUCGAGCGGUACACCAAGGCAUACUGCUCAGUACGCUAUACCAUACUGUACCGAGCAAAACUCGAUAUAUUGGUAUGGUACGAAAUUAAAAAUCUUGGUUUAGACGUAUGUGAAUAUAAAUGUAGAUCGUAAAAGAUACUGUUGUGGUAACAGUGAAUACAAUUAAAAGAAAAAAGUGAAAUAUCUGGAAGAUUUGAAUCUGGAUUUGAACAAUAUAUUGUCAUGGUCAAACCUUUUUACUGACUGGUGUCCUUGAUGAUGACAGCUUGUCUUUGUUCACUUCUAUACAAACUGUUAUAAGAAUGCCUACAUACGUA